AUGGCAUACAAUAGUUAUAAUAGUUACAACUACAACAGGCACAAUUCAAUAGGUGGAAGUUGGCAUUUACCUCCACCAGGGCCACAGCAACAACAACAGCAAGGACAACAAGGGCAACAGCCGUUCAACAAUCAAGAUGUGGAUAUGCAACAACAGCAACAACAACAGCAGCAGAAACAGAAUCAAAUGCCAGGAUUCCGUAAUCCAUGGUUCUCUCAACAACAAACUGCUCCGGGGUCAUUAUUAGCAGCAGCCACCUCCAAUAUGUCGCAAUCACCCACUAAAACAAAUGCCAUCCCUUUAUUGCAGCAACAACAAUUACAACAACUGCAGCUGCUUAAUAAAAGGCUAUCAUUCGCAAAUCAAUUACCCACGACAUACGAAUAUGACGAUCAACAACAACAGCAACAGCAAGGACAGCAACAACCCCCAUUCAUACAUCCUCCAACUAGAGCAGACAAUCCAUUCAAUCAAUAUUUCGCGAACCAAGAGGUCAAUCUCGGCGGUGACAGAAAAAUGUCAGCAGUAGAUGCAUCCAGUUUCUAUGGAGGUACUAGUUCAAGUACAGGUGGACGAGGUGGAGGACCUGGAGGAGCAUAUGGAUAUGGCCAACAGCAACAGGCCAAUGCCUACCCUGCUCAAUUCAUGAAUAAUCAAUUCGGACCAGGUGGUGGAGCUGGUGGAGGAAUACUUGCUGGUGUUCCUCCUGGUAUAAAUAGACGACAAUCACUUGCGGUGAUGCCGAGUAAUAAUUAUCAAUUUCAACAACAACAACAGCAAGGAGGGGCCGGUGUUGGUGGUGCAUAUUAUAUACCGCCAAGUAAUAGAUUGGGACGAUCGGCGAGUAUUGUCCAAUAUCAACAAUAUCAACAAGCAUUACAACAUCAAAAAAUUGGUAAAUUUAGGAAACCGGCACCAAAAGCGAGAAAAAUAUAUUCGAAAUUGGAUUUGAAACCCAAGAUUCAUCAACAACCGAAAUAUCGUAGGUGUUCGGUGAACUCUAUUCAUAUAUCUCCUGUGAAUGCCUUGUCCGUGUAUUUAACUGAGAGUUAUAGUAUUUGUCAACCAAGAAAAUUCCAAUAUUCAAAAUCGACAAAUCCAAAGAGAGUGUUAACAAAACCAUCUGAUCCAAAGUUUAAUAAUGGAUAUGAUAAUGAAGAGAGUGAUUAUAUUUUAUAUGUUAAUGAUAUAUUGGGGACGGAAGAAGGGAGGAAAUAUAUGGUGUUGGAUUUAUUGGGUUCCGGGACAUUUGGACAAGUUGUUAAAUGUCAGAAUUUAACUAAUCAAACAGUAUGUGCUGUCAAGGUUAUUAAAUCAAAACCAGCAUAUAUGAAUCAAUCAUUGACAGAAGUAAGGUUAUUAGAAUUUUUGAAUUCCAAUAGUGAUGGGAAGAAUUUUAUACGAUUAUUGGAUACAUUUAUGCAUAAAGAACAUUUAUGUUUAGUGUUUGAAUUAUUGGCAUCGAAUUUAUAUGAAUUGAUAAAACAAAAUCAAUUCCAAGGAUUAAAUAUGAAAUUAGUGAAAUUAUUAACUAAACAAUUAUUAGAAGCAAUGGCUCAACUUAAGAAUUUCCAAAUGAUUCAUUGUGAUCUAAAACCAGAGAAUAUUCUAUUGGUCCAACCUGAUAAACCGAAUAUAAAAGUCAUUGAUUUCGGAUCGGCAUGUUUCACUCGACAAACAAUCUACACUUAUAUCCAAUCUAGAUUUUAUCGAUCACCAGAAGUGAUAUUAGGAUUACCAUAUACUGAAUCAAUAGAUAUGUGGUCCUUAGGAUGUAUUGUUGGUGAAUUAUUCUUGGGAUUACCGAUGUUCCCUGGUACUUCUGAAUAUAACCAAAUAUGGAAAAUUGUCGAUAUGUUAGGCAUGCCGCCAAAACAUAUGAUUGAAGUUGGGAGAAAUUCUUUAAACUUUUUCAAGAAAACGGGUACUAAUGAUGGUAAACAUACUUAUCGUAUUAAAACCUAUGAAGAAUAUUUACAAUUUCUUGAAACUGCAAAAGCUGAUCAUCAUAGUGGUAGUAGCAAGAAGAAGGAACAACCGAAUAAGAAUUAUUUCAAACAUAAAGUAUUAAAAGAUAUUGUAUUGAAUUAUAAAUUACCAUUUAAGAAAAUGACGAAUUCUAUGAUUGAGAAGGAAUGUCAAGAAAGGUUAUUAUUGAUUGAUUUCUUGACAAAAGUGUUGAAUCUUAAUCCGUUGGAGAGAUUAACUCCACAAGAAGCAUUGAAACAUCCAUUUGUUAAUAAUGUACCUAAUUUGGAGAUUUAG